AAAACAAGAUGUUUUGUGCUGGAAUAGUCUUGUUGUUUCUUAUUUCAUUCUCAAAAUAUACUGAGCAAUGUACAGAGAGGUUUAUGGAACUACCACUAGUGACAUACAGAGCAGAACAAAUAAAUACUGAUGCAGUUGGUGAUGCCCUGAGCAAUACACUGAGAGUCCUUCAAGAGUAUCAGUUCAGUUGUUCCACUAAUAUAACCAGUCUUAUAUUGGGUAUUGAUAUAAGGGAAGCUACUAAUACUCGUACACUCUAUCCCAGUAUCCAGGUCUUUAGACCUAAUGGUAGUCUAGUGACUGGUAGUGAGAGAACUAUUUAUUAUUCUACCUCUAAUGUCAGUACUAGUGGAGUGUUUGAAUAUCCACUCAAUCCUCCUAUACCAGUAAUGGGUGGAGACCUGUUAGCUGUAUCACAACCACCUCAAGGGAACAGUGUUGUUAGAGUCUACUAUAUCAGUGGUAUAACAGCAAAUAGUCAAGAGUUUAACUAUGGUGAUAUAAACAUUAACUUAGCUGGAAAUCCAACUACUGAUGAGUUGAUAUUAGUAUAUCCAGUAACAGAUGGAUACUGUGUUAAUAGUACCAAUUCAAUCACUCCAUCAGUUAUUAGAAAUAAUUUUCUAACAAUCCAAAGUAGUGCAGCUAUUGAUGGUAGAAGGCUGUAUUUAUAUCCUGAAAUUGUGUUUUCAUGUAAUGGAUCCCUCACUAAAUGGAUAUAUGGAGGAGAAGGCAUUUUUACAAUGGAAAGUGGACAACAUGAACUUCAAAUAUGGCGUCAACUGGGUCCCAAUAAUUACAAUAAAAUAGGAUCUAGUUUAGUUAAUGCUAGUACAAUGAUUGGUACUAAUCUCUAUGAGUUUAUUCCUCAGACUCUACUGCAGUUCCAGGAAGGAGACAUAUUUGGUGUUCAUAUUUUUCACUUAAUUCAAGGUGUACUGUCUUUAUAUGAGCAGGUAGGGAAUGGGCCACUUAAUGAACAAAUCAACGAUUUUGCUGAUAGUCCUCUUUCAACAAUAACUCAAGCACUUGUAACAGACUCAAAUAAUAAUUUCCCAUUAGUCACUGUAGAAGUAUCAAACUCAGUGACGUCUACUAGUGUGGCUACAUCAACAAGUACAAGUCCAGUCAUUAGUACAACUUCUAUAAGAACAACCUCUACAGUGCUUACCACGGCUAUUAUUAGCACUACUAAUAAUACCAUCAUAUCAUCUACAAUGGUGUCCAUCACUCUCAGUAGUGAUUCAUCUGUACUGGUAACUAUAACUCCUAAUUCAUCUGUGACCACUGUUACUUUGAGCAGUUCAGUUGCAACUGAUACCACUCCAGUUAGUUCAACAGUGAUCAUUACUACUGCUCCCAGUGACUCCUCAGUUAGUUCUACUACUGUAACUAGUGCUGCCCCUAGCAGUACGUCUGUGAUGACCACUACUUCUAGCAGUUCAUCUAUGACCAACACCACUUCAACAUCAAGUGCUACUUCUAUCUUUAGCAGUACCUCUAUGAUGACUAAUGUUCCUUCUAACAGUUCAUCGUCUACUAUUCCUCCUAAUACUGUAGGAACUUCUACUCCUUCUAGUAGUUCAAUUGAUAGCAUAUCAAGCUCUUCUCCCAUUGUGACACCUUCUCUUACCAUGAGCUCUUCAGUCUUCUCAAACCCUUCAACUGGCAGUAGUGCUUCUACAGUGAUUGCUAUUGUCAUUAGUAUGUUAGUGUUAUUUAUAGCUAUUAGUGUGGCCUUUAUUAUUGUCUCAAUGUUUGCUAUAAAAAAGAGGAAGAAACGCUACUUGGGUCGUGUCCCAUUACUUCCAGCAUCUGAUGACUCUACAAGUGCACUACAUACCAGUAUUCGUGAUCUUUCUGUUAAUUAUUCAGUAUAUGAAGAUGUAGACCAGUUACCAGGGCUUGUGACUAAUGAUCGCUUUCAUGAAACUCAUGAAACAGCUCCUGAAAUCCCACAAAAAGCAUCUAGAUCUAGUGUUUCUAAUCCACUUUACGAUGAUAAGUCAUUUGAAAAAGUACCAACAGUAGCAACCCCUGCUUAUGAAACACUGGAGGCCCCACCAAUCAAUGAUCAAUCAGCUACACCAUUAAGCAAAGGUAAUAAGGAACCUGAUUACUGGGCACCUGGUGAUGACACUAGCAGUAUAUAUCAGCAAAUGGAGUCAAAGGGUUACAAACAACUAAAGAGAAAUGAUAUAAAAGUAAUCAAUGAGUUAGGAUCAGGAGAAUUUGGUACUGUCUAUAAAGGAACUUGGUUUUCAAAACCAGUUGCCAUUAAAACAUUAAAGAAUAGUUCAGUGGAACAAGAUAAGGUCAAGUUUCUUCAAGAGGCAGCCAUUAUGGGUCAGUUUCAUCAUCCUAACAUUGUCAAGUUACAUGGAAUGGUCACUGUUGGAGAGCCAUUGAUGAUAGUACUGGAGUUAAUACCUCAUGGAGACAUGAGACAUUACCUUCACACUCUGCAACCACAACCAGGAGAACUGGUAGCAUCAACAGUACCAGGUCUACUGCUCAGUUUCUGUCGUCAGAUUGCUUCAGGUAUGGAGUACUUGUCUAAGAAAGGGUUUGUACACAGAGACCUGGCUGCUAGGAAUAUACUGAUGACUGAUCAUGGAAUGUGUAAAAUUGCUGACUUUGGAAUGUCAAGAGAUCUACAUGAUGAAAAUUAUUAUGUAUCUACUGCAAAGAUGAUUCCUGUCAAAUGGACAUCCCCUGAAGCUUUGAAAUUCAAGCGUUAUUCCAGUGCUAGUGAUGUAUGGAGUUAUGGUGUAGUAAUGUAUGAGAUAUGGAGUCUGGGACAUAAACCAUUUGAAAAUUUUUCCAAUCAAGAGUAUGUGAAGUUGAUAGAUACAGGAUAUCGUCUUCCUCCUCCUCCUGGUUGUCCCAGGCCUGUAUAUAAGAUCAUGAUACAAUGCUGGCAUCCAAAAACAAGUGGCCGUCCUACAUUUGCUGACAUAGUCUCAAGAUUUGGUUCGUCUGAUAUAAAAAAACUGAGUGAAGUUGUUGAAAGGGAAGGCACAGCAUUAGGAGGAUCACUGGAGAGUGCUCAUGAUUCAUACACUGACUUACAAAAUACUUAUAUACUGUAAACUAAUGUCUAUGAAGAAAUGCAUGCAAGCGUGCAUUUGUAUCUAAUAUGUGUAGUCUCAUUUUAAUUGUUGUGUGGUUUCAAUUUAAAAUGUUUGCAAACAUCACAUAAAA